UACACACACAAUUUUCCACGUGACUUUUCCACGGGACCCGCGCCUCGAUUGUAAAUCUACCGUGUUACCGUUAGUUCGAGUGUCGAACAGUAAAUCCCUCUCCGAUCCAAGAGUGAAUUGUCGACAAUCAUUCAUCCACAUGUCGUUCCAUACCAGCACCAACUCUCCCAACAGUCUCUUAGCGCCUUCGAGAAGAAGCGUUGCCUCGUUGCCUUUGCCCUCCCCAACGAGCCCCACCAAAAUAUGUCAAUGCGAACAACCCGUGCGAGGUCCCCACCAGUCCGUUUCGGGCGCGGAAUCUCGGGGGGGACGCGAGGGGUGCCAAAAAUGUUGGGGUCGCGUGGCCUCGCGCAAACAUGCCCCACUCUCUCCCGUUGCCCAACGUACACUCCGAGAUUCUUCCGAAGAUGAAGACAACGACGAUGAGACCACGGUAGGUUCGUCCCUAGAGGAAGAAUGCAGUGAACGGUCUCUUCCGCUCAAGAAGCGCGCUCGUACGGAAACGGUGGCGCCCGUAGCCGUUGCUACUACGGAUACUUCUUCCCCGAGCUCUCCCCGCUCCCAACGCGAGCUUUUGUCGGAGUCGCUCUUGCUGACGACGACGACGACAACUAGUGAAACGGUCCCGAUUUAUAACCCUACGGCAACGGAUCAAACGGCUGCGCUCAUUUCCAAAGCAAUCAAAAGCAUCAAUUCCACCGAGAAGCCAGUCUCCGUUCAGCACGGAAUGACCGUCUUGGAGGCUUUGGAACACAGUUUACGGGGUCUUUCCAAGGAAGAUGCAGCCGAAGCGCGCUGGCAAUUUCACUACAUGGAACUGACGGAAUAUCGCAAGAAGAACGGGCAUUGUCUGGUGCCGCGACCGCAUUCCACUCUAGGAGCCUGGGUAAACACACAGCGAGUCUUGUACGCCAAGCGUCAGCGGGGUGAGCCUUCGUCCUUGACACCCUUGCGUAUUCGCCAGCUAGAAGCCUUGGAUUUUGUUUGGGACGAUUAUGGCAAGCGUUGGAACGACCUCUACCAGGAGCUGGUGGCGUACAAAAAGAAAACCGGUAGUUGUAUGGUACCCCGUUCCUUCCCGGAAAAUCCCAAGCUUGGCCGUUGGGUCUACACACAACGUACCCGAUAUACGCAGUACGCCCUGAGUCCGGAUCGCGUGGCAAAGCUGGACGACCUUGGCUUUGUCUGGAAGAUCUUUGCCCGGUCCAACUGGCACGAUUGCUACCAGCAGCUCGUGGACUUCAAACAGGCGUACGGACACUGUCGAGUGCCGCGGCAGUACGAUGAAAAUCGCAAGCUAGGUAGUUGGGUACAAACACAGCGGACGGAAAUGAAGUACCGCAAAAUGGGACGGCCGUCUCGUAUGACGGAAGACCGAAUCGAGCUAUUAAACGAUCUCAGGCAGCGGUUGGUGCAAAGCCUCCGCAACUCGGCACCAGUUCCGCGCUUGGACGAGUCUAUUCGCGUUGUUUUGUUUGACGAUACUCAGCAUUUUGGGAUCGUGCUCGUGAUGCCAUUCACGCAGACUCCUGGAAGACGCCAAGGACUGUACUACCCCCACAUCGGUGGCGUGUGCGUUGGGGCGCACUCGGAGCAAACGCACGUCCGCGUCGAUGGCGUGCGGCGACGAGGAUUCCAGCUCUGGUGGCGACGUGCGCGCCAACAACCCUCUGCCUCGAAAACACGCUGCAUCGGUUGUAUCGUUCAACCGAGCCGGCUGAAAGUACACCGAGACGGGGGCUUUGCCGGAAAACGACACGUUGCAAGGCAGGACGUGAAAUUCCGUCCGAGCAUUGCGUGCAGUAGUAUCUUCGCUUGGCGCGACGCUCAUUCUACAGAGUAA